CAAUGGCAGAAAGGCAAGCUGUUAGGCACAGGAGCUUAUUCAACAUGCUAUGCUGCUCGAGAUAUCAAGAGUGGAACAUUAAUGGCUGUUAAACAAGUGAAACAGCAGCAAGUUUAUGAAAGUUUAAUUAAAGAAAUUUCCUUGCUCAAUCGUCUAAAUCAUCCUAACAUUGUUCGCUGUUAUGGUGCAACUGUGCAAGAUUCACAUUUUAAUAUCUUUGCUGAAUGGUUGGCAGGUGGUAGCAUUGCUUCUAUGUUACACAACUAUGGGCCAUUUCAAGAGAAUAUUAGCAACGCUUAUUGCUUACAGAUAUUACGAGGUUUAGUUUACCUCCAUGAUAGAAGGAUUGUGCAUCGUGAUGUUAAAGGUGAUAAUAUCCUUGUCGAUGCGACCGGUCGUAUAGUUAAAUUGGCUGAUUUUGGCUCUGCUAUACAAUUAACUGCAACAAAAUUAACUGGUGCAGGUUUAUUACAGGGCCAAAUGGUUGGAACCGUAGCUUUUAUGGCCCCUGAGGUCCUACGUGGUGAAAAUUAUGGAAGAUCUAGCGACGUUUGGAGUCUUGGUUGUGUUAUGAUCCAAAUGUUAACCGGAAAGUUACCUUGGGGAGCAGAUAAUAUUUCUAAUCACUUCGCACUUAUCUAUAAAAUUGCUACUGCCACUGAAACUCCAUCAGUCCCUGAGCAUUUAAGACAAGAUACGCGUGAUUUUUUGCUGAGAUGUCUAGAAAGUAAUCGUGAAUUUAGACCUAAAGCAAAAGAAUUGUUAAUUCAUCCACUCUUUCGAGAUGCAAUUCAACCACCAUCACUGAAGUAA